AUGUCAACAGCAGCAGCAGCAACAGCAGCUAUCGUAGCAGAGCCCGUGGUUGAGCUCACCAAGGAAGCUCUGGACAUUUUCCAAGAAGACGCUGACACCAUCAUCUCCUCGCAAAUGUCGUCAGAUGAAUUGGUAUCCAAUGAGGACAUCACACACACGCACAGCAUAAUACUUGAAGGAAGAGAAGAGCUGGAAGAGAUGGGCGAGUUGGAUGAGGAUUACGAGGAGAAAGUUGUGAGUACACGGCCUGUCAUUACACUUGAUUUGUUUGGAAUACUUAGGAAAGGCGCCAUCAACUUGGUGCUUCCGUUUAUUAACGGUAUAAUGUUGGGAUUUGGCGAAAUCUUUGCCCAUGAAAUCGGCUUCAAAUAUGGAUUCUUUGGGGCUCGUGUAUAUCCAGCACGUCGCCAGGCUCAGGCUCAGGCCCAGAGACAGAGUUCCAAGUUUAUAUAG